ACUGGCCGUCCUACCCCCAAAGCUCCUCCUCCUCGCUAUUCAUCCGCUUCGACAAAAACCCUAAUUUUUCCCUCCAAAUCCUAAUUCCUUUUGAGCCAAUCAGAUCGCAAACUUUCUUUUCUGUUGGAAUAAUCAGCCACAUUUCCUCCGAUUUUGAAUCCUCCCCAGCCAUGGCUGCUAAAAUUCUUGCAAAUUUGAUUGUAAUGGGCUCUGGGAUUUUGAUCAGGGCAUUCGCUCAAGCUUAUCGUCAAGCACUUGCAAAUGCUUCAAAGACUGGUGUUGCUCAAGAGACGUUACAAAAUGUGGCUCGUAGGGGUAGCAAAAUUAUGACAGAGCAAGAAGCUAGACAGAUUCUUGGUGUUAGUGAGCAGUCCACGUGGGAGGAGAUAUUGCAGAAAUAUGACAAUUUGUUUGAGAGCAACACCAAGAAUGGAAGCUUCUAUCUUCAGUCAAAAGUUCACAGGGCUAAGGAAUGUCUGGAAAAUGUUAAUCAAGGCAAAGAGCAGGGAUCUUCGGGCCAAAACACAUGAAGGUCGCCUGUUCCUUGGCCAUUGCAUUCUUGUAUAUCAAAAUCAAACAGUAAUUGCUAGAAUUUUUUUGCCAAUCAGUUGCUUCUUUUCGUUUAAUCGCUGUUUUCUCAUAGCCAUGUCUUUGUACUCUGUAGCAUGUUUAUACUAACUUACUGCAGAUCCUAAAAGAUUAGUUGUUCUGUAGACUUACUGAUGAAGUGGAAGAUGACAUGAUUUGCCUCC